AAAACUGGUAGUAGUACAACAAGUGUAGUAAAAUAAACAGGAAGCAGAGAGAGAGAGAGAGAGAGAGAGAAGAAGCCCUGAGUGUUUUGUUCCAUUUCAGCGCUCUCUCUGUGGAAACUUGAAUCGAUCGUUGAAUAUAUUGAGAUUUGAGAGAAAGAGAGUGUGUUGAAAUCCAAGUGUUGAAUUCCAGAUCUGGUGGAUCUGAGCUCAACAACAAUGGCCAAACCAAGGCACUCUCGUCUUCCACCUCGGAAGUCAUCGUCAUCCUCUACGCUCAUCCUCACGCUGUUCCUCGUCUUCACCUUCCUUGUUCUCAUUCUCCUCGCUCUCGGCAUCCUCUCUGUUCCGAGUUCCUCGCGCUCCAAUUUGCCUAAACCUAACGAUCUCACUUCCAUUGCUCGCAACACACUUCACAAAACCGACGAUGACGAUGAGAGGGGAGAGCAGUGGGUGGAAGUAGUCUCGUGGGAGCCUAGAGCUUUCGUUUAUCACAAUUUUCUGACGAAGGAGGAGUGUGAAUAUCUAAUCGACAUAGCGAAGCCAAAUAUGCAAAAGUCAACUGUUGUCGAUAGCGAAACCGGAAAGAGUAAAGACAGCAGAGUACGUACAAGCUCUGGAACUUUUCUGCCCAGAGGUCGUGAUAAGAUUAUCAGGGAUAUUGAGAAAAGAAUUGCUGACUUUACUUUCAUUCCUGUAGAGCACGGUGAAGGACUUCAAAUUCUGCACUAUGAAGUUGGACAAAAGUAUGAACCUCACUAUGACUACUUUCUUGAUGAUUUUAACACUAAGAAUGGUGGUCAACGUAUAGCAACAGUGCUGAUGUACCUUACUGAUGUUGAAGAAGGGGGUGAAACAGUGUUCCCAGCUGCCAAAGGGAAUUUCAGUUCUGUUCCAUGGUGGAAUGAACUUUCUGAAUGUGGGAAAAAAGGACUUUCAAUUAAGCCAAAGCGUGGGGAUGCUUUACUUUUUUGGAGCAUGAAGCCAGAUGCAACUUUAGAUCCAUCAAGCUUACAUGGUGGUUGUCCAGUGAUUAAGGGUAACAAGUGGUCAAGUACCAAAUGGAUGCGUGUCGACGAAUAUAAAGCUUGAACAUACAUUACUAUAGGCCUGUCUGAAUUCAUCAUGCCCACGGUGUACUAUUAUUAUAGAGCUUCAGCUAAAACUUUGCGCGAUAAUGCUUCAGAUCUGGAAGGAGCUGCAUGAUGUGGCAUUCUGUAUUUUUGGAUGUUCAGUUGUAAGCUAACUCAUUUUUUCCCCUACCCUUUUCAUUUAUGCUUUUAGCAAAUAUAAUAAUAAUAAUAAAAAAUGUACCGGUUAAUUUACAAUAGGGAUGUUCGAGAAAAUGUAUGAAACCAAUAGAUGGAACAAGUAUACCAGUUUUUUUCCUUAGAGCUCCUUUAACUCGUGAUGAUUGUUAUAUUUCA